AUGAAGACACCGCUGAGUCCGGCCCACUUCAUAGAGCAUGGCCGGAUGGCCUUUCCGUUCGGAGGCUGUCUGGAGCUGAAUCAGCUCACAGGGAUGGAGCCUACCACCAACGGCCAGGGUCAGAUAAACAUGGACCUACAGCUACAGCAGCAGGAGAAGAAGAAGCUGUUCUACUCGAUGUGUGAGGUGUGUAACAUCCAGCUGAACUCCCAGGCUCAGGCCCAGGUGCACUACAACGGGAGGUCCCACCUGAAGAGGGUCAAACAGAUGAACAAUGGGGAGGCUCCGGCACCAGCUACUGGGUCUCUACCCACGUCUACACUGAGCCUCAGUAGAAGCACCACCAGCAGCAGUACAGGAAGUUCAUGCCAUAGCAACACGCUGCCUGCGCUGGUGCGAACUCCGUCUCUGAUGAUGCAGUCCACUCUGGAUAUGAAACCCUUUAUGCCCUUCCACCAAGUGGACACGUCCUCUGCUGUGGGACUCUUCCCUAAUUUUAACACGAUGGAUCCCGUGCAGAAAGCUGUAAUAAACCACACAUUUGGGGUCCCCAUCCCUCUGAAGAAAAAACAAGUGAUUUCCUGUAACAUCUGUCAACUACGCUUCAACUCAGAUAGCCAAGCCGAGGCGCACUACAAAGGCAGUAAACAUGCCAAGAAGCUCAAAGCACAGGAGAACACCAAGAAUAAGCCACCCAAGAGUUCCCCUCCUCCUCCUACUCUUCCUCCUUCCCUGGACAGUGCAAUGAAAAUCACCACCACCACCUCACCCAACUCUGUCAUGUCCGGUACCACCAGUUCCGGCACCACGCACCAGGCCUACUGUGCGCCUCAGCAGCAAAUCACUGUGCCUCCCAGUGAGGCGGAUAAAACCUUUGCUUCUCCAAAUGCUUUUGUCCCCAUCAUCUCCACCUCCUCCUCCCUGGCAGCAUCAAUGGCCAUGUCCGUCCACAGCCCCUGUAAUCCCGUCCUGUGUGAUCCCACGCCUGCCAGCCCCCCAUCAGCUACGCCAGCACAACUACAGGGGCAUGUUAUGAAGACUAGCAGCAGCACCAAGCUUGGGCUCGUGUCCCCCACCACUGCUGCUGCUACAGCAACUCAGACCACGCCAGAGUCGGAGGAGGAAAAAGCCAAAAAGCUCCUGUAUUGUUCGCUGUGCAAAGUGGCCGUCAACUCUCUGUCGCAGCUGGAGGCCCACAACAUAGGUUCCAAGCACAAAACUAUGCUUGAGGCGAGGAACGGAGCAGGUCCAAUUAAGGCCUAUCCCAGACCAGGCUCGAAGCUCAAAGUACAGGCCACCAACGUGCUAAAAGGUUCCGGACUACAGAACAAAACGUUCCAUUGUGAGAUCUGUGAUGUCCACGUCAACUCAGAAAUACAGCUCAAACAGCACAUCUCCAGCAGAAGGCACAAGGACAGAGUAGCUGGGAAACCGAUGAAGCCCAAAUACAGCCCUUACAACAAACAACAACGCAGCUCCACAGUCCUGGCCGCCAAGCUGGCUCUUCAGAAGGACCUGGUGAAGCCUAUCUCCCCUGCUACGUUUCUCUCCAACCCCUUCUGCUCCACCACCCUCCCCUCCAUCUCCCUGCAUCCGCGGCCCAACGCCUCCAUCUUUCAGACUGCCGGCCUGCCAGGCUGCAUGCCCUCUUUCCUCCGGGCUGCUCCAGGGCCAGUCCGGCCCACCACCGGCUCUAUCCUCUUCACCCCAUAUUGA